AUGGAACAGCAUCCCCGUUUUCCUACUCUGGCCUCGUUGGCCCCAACGCCGCCUGCUUCCAGUUUGCAGGCACCGAGCGCCUCGGGCUGGUACAACUUGACGGGCUGGGUCAACGUGACGCGCUACGCCCCGUUCCUUGAAGAGCUUGUCCGGGCUGGCCCGCGUGUAUUCAUGAAGCUGGGGUCCUACAUGGCCUCAUCUGCGUCGCUGGAUACGCAUUCGCACCACUAUGCGUCCACCACGGCAGAAAUGCUCCGUUCCAUCGCUCCCGACCCGAACACCUACAACAUCCUGAGACCCAGUGACUCCGCUGCACCCUCUCUCGGAUCUUCGGGCGAGGAUAUACCGAUGCAGCCAUCUGCUUUGCCCUUGGAAGGCGCCCGGGGCCUCGGCAGCGUCUUUAGUUAUGCUACCAGCAAAUGGGCUCUGUCAUGCAUUGCAAUGGCCAUCAUCCUAAACCGCACUCACAUAUUCGCCGCCACACGACGACGCGUACGCUUUCGCUGGCACAUCAGACUUCUACUUCGUCUAUCCCCGAUUCUACUCCUCGUCAUGCAAGUGUACCGCUUGCUUCAGUCAAUACAAUGCCAGACGUCGCCUGAUUUUGCUCGAUUGCGAUGGGGCGACGAGAAGAAGAGCUCAGAACUCAUGUUCUCACACCCGAAUGCCUGGCUCAACACUCUUAGCUCUACUCUCCUUCUGGGCGCUACAGAUGAGCAGUCUUGCGUCGCCGUCGGUAUGACACCUCAGCAAGAUCAACCUAGCUCUCAACCUCUUCAAGGGUCUCUGCCGAAACUGUGGCCGCUAUUCGGCACUUUCUGCCUCAGCCAUUUUCUUGAAACCAUCUCCUGUGCGGUCCAGGGCCGCGCCCCUGCCUCUGAAACAGGCAUGACGCUCUUUGAACAGUCGUUGGCUUUUGCCGAGGCUGACGCGGCCGUCAGCAAUCAGCUAGGCUGGGCAGCUUUUGCGAAUCCCUCACGCGCCUCGGGUAAAGGCGAGUCGGAGUUGGGAAGCGCCAUUGCGCUGACCCGCUCAAUGGUAUUGAAGGGGGUUAACGCUGCGCCCGAGGUUUUGUUGGUGGCAUUCUUGUCAUCCAUGGCUCACAUCACCAGUCAGAUCUUGGGCGUCUUUGAUCUCCAAGCCAGAUUUCGCCUUGUCAACACGGGGCUUUGGGGGAUCUGCUUCAUGGCGAGUAUCGUCUGGAGCGUCUUCUCCUUUGAACUUGGAAACCCCUCUGCCCUCGGAUUGCUGAGAUUCCCAACCGUCUGCAUCAUUGGGUUUGUCCCGCACGUUCUCGUGCUGGCCGGGAUCAUAGCGUGUCUAUGCAUUUACGGCCUGGCCCUGUUUCUCUCGGCCUUGGUGCCGUCAACUGAAGAAGAUUUGCCACCGUCGAGCUUCCGCCAACGACUGGCCCACGCGCACAGCAACAUGCAAGCCAACAUAUCCCUUUCCGACAUCCGCGUCACACGGGAGAUGGACUUUUACACGGCCCUGUUGAGAACUGGAUUCUCAGCAAUUACCAUGGCGAGCGAGGCAGUCUACCUGAACGAGGACCGCGGAGUUAGCCUACAGCGCCAUACAUGGCUGGAGGAAGCACGCUUGCGCGAAGUUGAGGAGAUACAGCGGCAGUGCAUCGGAAUGGGGCUGCCCAAUUCAGGCCCUGACCAGGCCGGCACCAUUGGGCUGAUACCCAUCAAGACGGGCUCGGUCGCAACUUCGAACGGGUACGCCAGGGAGCGUGCUGCACAGAAACUGCCCAAGAGUCGCGGUGAACGGGGACUGCGGUUUGGGACGGGAGCGACUGAAAGAAGCUCGAGGUGGUUGAUGGCAAUGGAGUUUCUCUUCACCAUUGGCAAACUCGUUGCAAGAGUGUGCGCCCUGACUUGCUCUUGGAUGUUGGGCAAACUACGCAUUCGAGCCCAGCCGGCGUGGCUGCUUUGGCUUGCCCGCCGUCCCAAACCGGAGGACGAGUCGAGCCAAGCGCUGGGUGCAGGGCAUAACUCCGGCGGCAGGCGGCUACCUGCCCCAGACGGCCAAGCUGGCUUCAUUCCCACAAACGACGGGAUAGAUGUCGAGGCAGAGUUCCGGCUGGUCAGCGGGUUCGCAGACGAGGAGAGUCUGGAACUCGAUUUGUAUAGAUAUUGGUUGAAAGGAGGGUGGUGGGGCUCAAGUGACUCUAGCGGCGAUUUCAAACCUCACUCGGCAGAUGAUGACUGGGACAAUACGAGCGUGGUAUCGACGACGAGCACUACCGACGGCAUCGGGGACGAGCAACCCGAUCGGGAAUCUGACGAUGAUGGGCAAAGGACACCGACUCGAACUUCGCCAUUCAUAUGUCACGACGGCUCGACUUUCAACGACUGUCCGUUGGGCAUGAGCGAUCUUGCUCGGCUGCUACAUCCCACCAGUCGCGAAGAUCGAGAUGACGCACAGAGACUUGCAGCUCAUCUCCAGAGCGAUCAGAUCGUGACCAGAGCAGGGUAUCGUGGCCUAGGAGGGCGCAUGACAAAGCUUGGCCCAGACGAUGAGGAACGCUUACUGGAGCAAAUUCUGCUGUCGCGCCGUCGGACGCUUGCAAACUCCGGAUCGCAUGCACCUGACCGCAACGGGGCGUACGCCGAGAGUCCGCCAUGUGUGGUCUGCCAGAGCUCACCACGCACCAUCAUUGUCUGGCCCUGUCGCUGCCUGAGUCUCUGCGACGACUGUCGUGUGUCGCUGGCCAUGAACAACUUUGACAAGUGCGUCUGCUGUCGGCGAGAUGUCAUGAGCUUCAGCCGAAUCUUCGUGCCAUGA